ACGACCCAGACAAGGGAAUAGUUUGAGAAGUAGGCGUCUGGCAUGUGCAGAUAUCUAUGGUUUCAAUACACAGCAUUUCCUGUCAAUUUAGGUGCAACUAGCAUACUAGCUAUUACGGAGCUAACAUGGCUGUGCGACAAUUCAUGAAAAAAAAUAGCUAGCUAACCUCAAAAUAAACUAAACCGAACCAAAAGAAAGGUGUAGGUUACAUGACUGAAAACAAUGCAAAGCUAGCAGCAACGCCGGGAAGUGGUGCGUUCAUGCUACGCAUGUCGUCUGUUUACAAGCUAACAUGGACCUUGGAUCAAUGCUGUACAACAAUUUGAAAGAUGUAUCAUGGAGCACGACGUCUUUACCCUUAGAUCGACUUGUCAGUGUUUAUAGAUUGCCCCAAAUUGUGAAGUUGGACAGUGGUGAGUUGGUGGACGUCUUACGAGACAAUGACUACCUCUUGAUUCAUUCCUGUCGUCAAUGGACUACAAUCACUGCACACAGUCUGGAGGAAGGCCAUUAUGUCAUUGGGCCCAAAAUAGAGAUCCCGGUACAUUAUGAAGGUCAGUUUAAGCUGUUGGAGCAGGACAGAGAUGUCAAGGAGCCGGUGCAGUACUUCAACAGUGUGGAGGAGGUAGCCAAAGCAUUUCCCGAACGGGUGUAUGUCAUGGAGGAAAUUACGUUCAAUGUGAAGAUGGCUUCGGGCGAAUGCAACGAGGACACGGAGGUGUACAACAUCACACUAAGCACCGGUGAUGAGCUCACCCUCAUGGGCCAGGCAGAGAUCCUGUACGCCAAGGCGUCCAAGGAGAAGUCUCGCUUCAACACCAUCUUCAAGAAAAUCGGCAAGCUCAACUCCAUCAGCAAGAUCGCGAGCCGUGGCAAGAUGCCCUGCCUCAUCUGCAUGAACCACCGGACCAACGAGAGUGUCAGCCUGCCCUUCCAGUGUAAGGGUCGCUUCAGCACCUGCAGCCCCCUAGAGCUUCAGAUGCAGGAGGGGGAGCACACCAUCCGCAACAUCGUGGAGAAGACCCGGCUGCCCGUCAACGUCAGCGUGCCUGGCAGCCCGCCGCGCAACCAGCAUGACGUCCACCUGAUCCGCGAGAGUCACCGCUACAAGUUGGUCAACAUCCAGACCAAGACGGUGGUGGUGGGCUGCGUGCUGCGCAGUAACAAGAUCAUCCCCAUCCACUUCCCGCUCCACAUGGCCUCCAUGCCCAAGUUCAUCAUUCCUGAAGGGUUGCUUCAGAACGAGCUGUGGCUGGACACCAUGGUGCACCGCUGGUUCACCUACUGCCAGGAGCAGUUUGACAUUGACGACUAUUCCCGUGCUGUGCGUGAUGUCAGGACCGACUGGAAUGACGUUGAUGGGAGGAGCCCCAAGAAGAGUAGUAGUGGUGGUAGUAGCAACGGUUGCCCCUCGCACAUGCCCAGCUCUCUCACGUACGCCCGUGACGAGCUUACCCAGUCAUUCCACCGGCUCUCGGUGUGUGUCUAUGGCAACAACCUGCACAGCAACAGCGAGGUCAACCUGCAGGGCUGCAUGACGCUGUGCGGCGACUGGGUGCUCCUGCCAUCCGAGGGCGUGCUGGCUGAUUCAGUUGACACAGAGUACCUCUUCCCUGAGCUGCUGGAGGACAUAAGCAAGUCAGAUGUUCCCUACGAGGAGCUGUGGCUGGACCACUUGAGAUCAAGUCGGGGAAGAGGAGGGCACAGUGUAGGCGGCGAGGAUCCAAGAGGCACCAGCAACACCAUCGCCACCUCCACAGCUGUCAUAUCAUACCCCGCCUCCUCCUGUCAUAUGGGUCCAAUGGUCAGCUCUGAAAUCUGUCUAGCUCCGCCCCCAGUCCCACCAAAGUCUGAAGCUGUGAAGGUAGAAUGCCGUCAUUUGAACGCCCCUCCCAUUCCCCCCCGAAGUUCCAAGCAGAUGAUGUCCACCCCAACGCCGGCUGUAGCUAAGGCUCGGCAGACAGAAACGCGCUCUCCAAGCCCCACUCUCUCCUAUUAUUCCUCAGGCCUACACAGCAUCAGUGGAGGAGAGAAUGAAGUGACCGAGGCAGACGAGCAGAACCACGUAUGUUACCCCUGUAACCGGGUCAAGGGCAACAAGGAGUGCCUGACAGCAUCCCACGUGAGCCCACCUCUCGACGGUGUACUCUCCUGCCCUUCUAGACUAUCGUGGCCCAACGACUUCUGUGGAGGGGAUUCUCAAAGCAUGGAGGAGUUCCUGCCCAUCCCCUGUCGAAGUUACUACAGCUAUCCUAGAAAAAGACCCUCUGGCACCCCCAAGUCGCCAUGCCUUUUGGACUUUGAUAGAAAAGAGCAGAAGGGCGGUAGCGCCAUCCCCUUGAAAUCCCACAAAGCCUCAUACACUAAUCAGUUUUGCACCAAGUCGUUGAGCUACACCCUGGAAAUGUACAGAGACAAUAUGAUAGACGAAUGUAACACUAAACAAAGCCUAUCGUCCCCCAUCUUGCCACCGAGGACGCCCAAAUCAAACGAGACAUGUAAAGAUUCUGUCGAAGAUACGGCACAGGACACUCUAAAGUGCCUGGUCAGCCAACAACACGACCAGGUCACAACGACAGAAAUAUUCUCCAUCUCCUAUCCCCCCCUAUCGCCACUGUCCUCCCCCUCCCUGCCAGCCCCCGGAGGACAAUGGCAACCACCCACCAACCUCUCUGGACUUUCCAUCGAAGAGGUGUCCAAAUCGUUACGGUUCAUCGGCAUUUCCGGUGACAUUGUGUCUUCGUUUGUGACAGAGAAAAUCGAUGGGAAUCUACUUCUGCAGCUUACGGAGGAGAUUCUGACGGAGGACUUCAAGUUAAGCAAACUCCAAGUGAAGAAACUCAUGCAGUUUAUUAAAGGUUGGAGGCCUAAAAUAUAGCCAAACCCUUUAACAAAAUGUUUUGUACUCAAAUGCUAUGCACAUCCAGAAAUGAUUCUGGGGGUUAUUUCAUAUAGCAGAAGUUGGCCAGAUGAAACAACUCUGCACAUUCAAGUUCUUUGAGAAGGAUAACACAUGAAUUGGGCAUAGUAUAUGAAUGACUAUAUACCCUCAAUGACCCACACUCAACGUUAAGCUUUCUUGUUAAACCAGAAAACCAAGGGCAGUCGAAGGUGGCUGCCUAACUUGUCAAUCCAGCUCUCCGAAGUCCAACCCUGGUAAUCAUUACAGUUGUCUAUGUAACAGGGAUGUGUUUGUUGUUAACUCAUCAUUAUAUCGGUUUGUCCUCUUUAGGGACAUUCCCUCAACUCCGUUACUAUUUGCUUUAACCCAAAGCCUUAACAGAAGUAAUGAGGUUAUUCAUGAAAGUUUGCGAUCCAAGCGAUGGCAUUUAACUAAUUUAUACGUGUGUGUGUGCGCUUCUUGUAAUGCUGAAUUAAUAUGCAAGUAAUAACCACCAAUACAAUAACUUCAUAUUCCACAUAAUGAAAUGCACUUGAGUAAAACCGCCGUUGCCAGUACAAAUAGACUGUGAAUCAACUCAUGACAAGUGUCCUUAAAUCUAUUUCAUUUUUUUUAACCAACGUUGACCUUGUAAUGGUUAGAGGAAGCAUUGGGGUUCAAGAAACAACUACCAGGAUGUACCGUUGCUAAAGGACAAUGGUUUGACAAAUUAAACAGAGAACUUGCUAUUUAAACUAAGGAUUUAAUUUUUUUUUUUUUUUAAAUGUUACCUUUAUUUAACCAGGCAAGUCAGUUAAGAACAUAUUCUUAUUUUCAAUGACGGCCUGGGAACAGUGGGUUAACUGCCUGUUCAGGGGCAGAACGACAGCUCGGGGGUUUGAACUCUAGUCCAACGCUCUAACCACUAGGCUACGCUGCCGCCCCAAUAUGUUACAUGGGUUUUAAAGAGUAUUUAAUAACUACUAGCCAUGGAUUAAUUUGAUAUAAUCUGGGAUAACAAUAUCUUCCCUUAUUGUACAGAUUCUCUGACUUCAGACUAAUCUGCCUGAACCCACCAUAGACCAUUAACGAUACUACAUUUAGCUGGGGUUCAAGGUGGUGAAGCGUAACAAAACGUUCAGAUACAUGCUUUGUAUAGCACAGUUAUGAUUCAUGUAUAGAAACAUGAAAUCAUGGUACGACUAUAGCUAUCUGCAACAUUUCACCUUACUGAAUACACCUUGUCAUUUUUCCAGUGUUUGUGUCAAAUUACUGUACUGUUAUGACAGUAAAUGAUCAGUAGCACAGGACCAUGAACUGGAAAAUGCAUCUACAAACUGUCAUGGGAAAACGUACUUAUGAACCCCCAUUAUGUUUUGACCUAACUCUUUCUAUGGUUGUCUAUGAUCAAUAAACAUGGACACGUCUUA